UCCAGCGGCCCGGGGACGCGCGGCCGCCGCCAUGCAGCCCGUGCUGGGGGUCCUGCUCGCCCUGGCCGCGGCUCUGGGCUCAGGCCACCGCUCACCCCUCAAUGACUUCCAGCGCCUGCGAGCCACCGAGCUGCUGGCAGCGCCUGUGGACUCACCGCCGCCGCUGCCGGAGCAGGGCACUGCGGAGCAGUGUGCCCAGCGCUGUGCCACCAGCCUUGCUUGCCGGGCUUUCCACCAUGACCAGCAGAGCAAGUUGUGCCAGCUGCUGCCCUGGACCCAGCACUCACCCCGCAUCCAGCUGCAGAAGAACAUCCGCUAUGACCUGUACCAGAAGAAAGACUACCUGCGGGACUGCAUCGUGGGCGAUGGCUCCAGCUACCGCGGCACGCGGGCCAUGACGGAGAAGGGGCUGCGCUGCCAGCAUUGGCAAGCCACAACACCACAUGAUCACAGGUUUCUGCCAUCCCCUCGCAAUGGGCUGGAGGAGAAUUACUGCCGAAACCCUGACCGGGACAAGCGGGGCCCGUGGUGUUACACUGUUGAUCCCAAUGUCCGGCACCAGAGCUGUGGCAUAAAGAAGUGUGAGGAUGCUGUCUGCAUGACCUGCAAUGGGGAGGAUUACCGUGGCACCGUGGACCACACUGAAUCAGGGAUGGAGUGCCAGCGCUGGGACCUGCAGCACCCACACAAACACCCCUACCACCCCAACAAGUACCCUGACAAGGGGCUAGAUGACAACUACUGCCGCAACCCUGACAGCUCCGAGCGGCCCUGGUGCUACACCACCGACCCUGAGCGGGAGCGCGAGUACUGCCGCAUCCGCGUCUGCAGUAAGUCCCCACCAGCAUCGUGCACUGCUGGGCCUGAGGGUCCUGGUGCCACUCCUGACCCUGCUACUGUGCCCCUCUCUCUGGCCACACAAGCAGAAAAACGCCCACGGCCUGUCAACGUCACCACUGGCUGCUUCAGGGGCAAGGGUGAAGGUUACCGUGGCAGAGUGAAUGUCACCGUGUCGGGGAUCCCCUGCCAGCGCUGGGACUCCCAGGUGCCCCAUAAGCACCACUUCGUGCCUGAGAAGUACCCGUGCAAGGACCUGCAGGAGAACUACUGCCGCAACCCCGAUGGAUCAGAGGCACCGUGGUGCUUCACCUCCCGCCCCACUGUCCGCAUCGCCUUCUGCUUCCACAUCCGCCGCUGCCCUGACGAGCAGGAUGCCCAAGAGUGCUACCACGGCCACGGCACGCACUACCACGGCCACGUCAGCAAGACCCGCAAGGGAAUCACCUGCCAGCCCUGGGCUGUCCAGACACCCCACGUGCCCCAGAUCUCACCUGCCACCCACCCUGAGGCACAUCUGGAGGAGAACUACUGCCGCAACCCUGAUGAUGACAGCCAUGGCCCCUGGUGCUACACCAUGGACCCCCGUACCCCCUUUGACUAUUGUGCCAUCAAGCCCUGUUCUGGCAGCACGGUGCCCUCCAUCAUGGAGAAUACAGACACAGUGACAUUUGAGCAGUGUGGCCAGCGGGAGGAGAGGCUGCAGCAGAAGGGGCGCAUCGUUGGUGGCCAGCCUGGCAACUCGCCCUGGACUGUCAGCAUCCGCAACCGGGAGGGUGUGCACUUCUGCGGGGGAUCCCUGGUGAAGGAGCAGUGGGUGAUCAGCACACGCCAGUGCUUCUUCUCCUGCGAUGCCGACCUGACGGGCUAUGAGGUGCAGCUGGGGACGCUCUUCAAGGACCCUGGCCCUGGGGAUCCUGACCAACAGACCAUCCCCAUCGUGCGGAUUGUCUGCGGCCCCUCUGAGUCCCAGCUGGUGAUGCUGAAGCUAGCGAGGCCAGCUGCUCUGACCAGGCGUGUGGCCCUGAUCUGCCUGCCCCCCGAGCGCUAUGUUGUGCCUGCGGGCACUCUCUGCGAGAUCGCCGGCUGGGGGGAAACCAGAGGCACGGGGGACAGCAGCGUGCUGAACGUGGCACGGCUGCCAGUGCUGGCCCACGGCGAGUGCGACAGGGCGCUGCGGGGGCGCCUCAAGGAGAGCGAGCUGUGCACUGCCCCCCUGCGUGCCGGCGUGGGCGCCUGCGAGGGCGAUUAUGGCGGACCACUGGCUUGCCUCACCGCUGACUGCUGGGUGCUGGAGGGGGUGAUCACCCCCUCCCGUGUGUGUGCCCGCACUGACCUGCCCGCCCUCUUCAUCCGUGUUUCCCUCUAUGUUGACUGGAUCUACAAGGUGAUGAAGAUGGGCUGAGGUGGCAUUCCCAGCAUGGCACAGCUGCCACUGCACAAUAAAGGCACGCCCUUGGCCACAGGGGUCGGCACUGCA